AUGUCCUUCGAACCAGCGCCGAUUGACCGUGUUAGCGUCAGCUCACCAUUCUAUCUGCAGAUUGACGAGCGUAUGCGCAAGACUACUCUUCAGGCUAUCCUUGAUUCUUUAAAAUCUACCGGUCGCUUUUACGCGCUAUCAUGGACUCCCGAAAGCGCACCGACCAAGGCUCAUUGUUUCUGGGACUCAGAUGUCUACAAGACCAUGGAGGCCUGUUGUUAUUACUUGAUGAAAAAGGAUGACGCCCAAAUACGUGCAGAUGUAGAGGAGAUUGUAGGAUAUAUCAAAAAGGCCCAGUGGGAAGACGGAUAUAUCAAUUCAUAUUUUACGCUACAUGACCCAAAUGGUCGCUUUACCAACCUGCGGGAUAUGCAUGAGCUCUACUGCAUGGGUCAUCUCGCCGAGUUUGCCGUUGCUUACUACCAACUCACUGGCUCGCACGAUCUCAUACAUGUCAUGAGAAAAGCGACGCAACUGCUGCGCGUGGCGGUGCUUCCCAAGGGAGGAUAUCCGGGACAUCAAGAGCUAGAAAUUGGACUGCUCCGGCUCUACGAGAUUACGCGGGAAGGUAUAUUUCUUGAAACGGCCGAGUUUUUCCUCCGUGAACGGGGCAAGAAAGAUGAGAAUGGACGCAUAUAUUACGACCGCGAGGCUUUGGCUAGAGACGAAAACCCCUCCAACUCGCCUAGCGAGAUGCUAAGACGUCGCUUUAAAACUACCCACGACUACUCCUACAUGCAGGCGCAUAUGCCACUUGUCGAUCAGCACACCAUCGAAGGUCACUGUGUCCGGGCCAUGUAUUUUGUCACCGGGGCGGCACACUAUGCUCUGGUGAAGCCUUCCGAGACCAAGGAUAUACGGGAUGCUGUUCACGGGCUGUUUAACAACGCGGUCAAACAGAAGAUGUAUAUUACUGGCGGGCUAGGCAGUGUCGCCGAGUAUGAGGGAUUCGGACCGGAUUACCACCUCCCGGACCUGCAGGGAGGAGGCUGCUACUCUGAAACCUGUGCCAGCGUUGCCCUGGUUUUCCUCUGCGAGCGUCUGCUUCGAAGUGGCCCGAAUAGAUUAUACGGGGAUGUCAUGGAACGUGCACUGUUGAAUUGUGUUUUGGGCGCCGUUGGAUCACAAGGAGCAGAAUUUUACUACGAAAACCCUCUGGCAACUAUUGCUGGCCAGCCAUGGUGUCGGCAAAAGUGGUUUGAAACCUCCUGUUGUCCGCCAAAUGUUGCAAAACUCAUGGGCAUGUUGCCAUCACUGAUAUUUUCCACUCGAGGCUCCACUGUUGCCAUUCAUCUGUUUGUAAGCUCGGUUCUGAAGACAGUGGUGGAUGGUCACCGGGUUCAAGUGACGAUGGAAACACCUCUGCCUUGGGAAGGCACCGUGAGAAUAAGUGUCAACUGCCAAAAGCACGUUGAGCUAGCAAUUCGUAUCCCUGACUGGGCUGCCGCUGGGUACACGACAUCGGCUAAAGGGCAUGUUCGGGAAGGCUACUUUUACGUUUCAGUCGUGUCGUCGUCUGAAAUACGGUUUUCCUUCCCCACGCAGCACAAGAUGGUGUAUGCUCACCCUAGCACUAGGAAAGACGAGGUGGCAGUUACUCGUGGGCCAAUUGUCUAUUGUGCUGAGGGUCCUGAUAAUAAUUUCGAUCUGGAAACUACCUAUGUGGAUGUGACGUCUCUUCGGGAAGUCGGAGAGCUCGAUAUUGAUGGAUGGAAGGGAGUUCCGAUGUUAGAGCUGGACGCCAGGGUAAAGAGUAAAACAGACGACACUCUGUAUAGUUGGGAUAAUUCAGGGUUGACAGCUGAAAGGAAGACUUUGAAGUUGAUACCCUUUUUUCUGAGAAUGAACAGAGGUGGAAGUGGCGCGAUGAGGGUCUGGUUCAAAAAGGAUGGCAUAGCUCCUUAA